AGUAUCAAUUGUUCUAUUCACUAUCCUUCAAAAUUCUCUCUUUUCUUCAUCACGAUCAUCGCAAUGCCAUUAAAUUUCUUCAUAUUCUUCCUCUUUGCUUUCUUCACUCCCGUCACUUGAAAUUCCCAUACCACCAUCAUCUCCUUGCUCCCUUCAGUUCAUGCCAUGAUCUUCCAACUUGGACAAAAUCACAUGCAUAUCCUACUCGUCCCAGUGCAAUGUUGCAUACCAGUGUCCCUGGUGCGUUCAACACAACCUUGGAGCAUCUGGGACCCAACACAAUGGCGUGGAAUUUGGCAAUGAAGUACCAUGUUGACGAGGAAUUGUUCUAUUCAGCUUUUUUAUUAUACAAAAACAUGAGAAAAUUGGGCGUCCCCCAUGACACUUUCACUCUUCCAAUAGUGAACAGAGCCUUAUCUUCGAUGAGGAUUGAUGCUUCUCUUGGAAAAAUGAUCCAUUGUGUAGCAAUUCAAGUGGGUUUGGAUGUGGAUUUAUAUUUCUGCAAUACCAUGAUUGAGGCGUAUGUGAAAUGCGAGUGUGUCGGUUAUGCUUGCAACUUGUUCGACGAAAUGCUGCAGAGAGAUGUGGUUUCUUGGACAUCAAUGAUUGCUGGGUAUAUAUCUGAGGGACAACUUAGUGUGGCCUUUGAUUUGUUCAACAAGAUGAGGAUCGAAUUGGAACCGAAUUCAGUAACGCUUGUUGUGAUCAUGCAAGCAUGUUGUGCUUCGGAGAUAUUAAACGAGGGAGUUCAAAUUCAUGGGUAUGCAUUCAAGAGUGGAUUGCUGAUGGAUUGGUCAGUGAAAAACUUAGUUUUGAGAAUGUAUGCUAGUAGAGUCAGCACGGAGGAAGUAGAACUUCUAUUUAGUGAAGUAGACAGAACAGAUGUGGCUUCUUGGAAUGUCUUGAUCUCAUUUUUCACCUCACAAAGAGACAUGACUAGAGUGCUUCGUUUGUUCAAUGAAAUGCACAGCUUAGAAGUGCGUCCAUGGAACAUCGAGACUUUAACAAUAGUUAUAUCAGCACUUGCAAAGUCUGCAUGUCUUUCCAAGGGUGAGGGUAUGCAUUGCUUAAUCAUAAAAACGGGGGUUUAUGAUGAUAUUUUGCUCACUUCUCUGCUAGAUUUUUAUGCAAAAUGUGGAAGACUGGAAACAUCUGUUCAGCUGUUCAGAGAAAUCCGUUGUAAAAGUAACAUCACUUGGGGUGCUAUGAUGUUAGCUUUCAUUCAAAAUGGUUCUUUUGUAGACGCCAUAUCUUUAUUCCAGCAAAUGCAAGCCAAAGAUCAUGAUAUUGCCCCAGAAAUAUGGAGAAACCUAAUCGAUGCAUAUGCAAACCUGGGAGCUUUGAAAUCGGGUAAAGUCGUCCAUGGCAACCUCAUAAAGGACUUGUUAAAUGGACCUGUAAAAGGUAAUGUUCACCUUGAAACCUCAAUCUUAAACAUGUACUUGAGAGGUGGCAACAUGUCUUCGGCAAAAGCAUGUUUUGAUAGGAUGCCCAUCAAAGAUGUCGUAGCAUGGACAACGAUGAUUGAAGGACUUGGCUCUCAUGGUUUUGGUCUUGAGGCAUUAACAUAUUUCAAUUUAAUGAUGCAGGAACGAGUGCAGCCGAAUCAUGUUACCUUCUUGAGCUUACUUUCUGCUUGCAGCCACUCUGGUCUGGUUACUGAGGGCUGCAAUAUUUAUUAUUCUAUGAAAUGGGGUUUCGGCAUUGAACCCAAUUUGGAUCACCACACUUGCAUGGUGGAUCUUUUAGGUCGAAACGGAAUGCUCAAUGAAGCCUUAGCCAUAAUAUUGAAGAUGAUAGUUUUGCCUGAUAGCAGAAUUUGGGGUGCACUUCUAUCUGCUUCAAGAGUUUAUGGAAACAGAAGAUUUGGAGAAUAUGCAGCAGAAAGGCUUUUGGAGCUAGAACCUCACAAUGCUGGAUAUUAUACUCUGUUGAGUAACAUAAAAGCUAGUGUUGGAAGCUGGAAUGAGGUUGAAGAGAUGAGGAGAAUGAUGAGUGAAAAGGAUCUAAAGAAGAAACCCGGGUGGAGCUGCAUUGAGGUCAAUGGGGUCAUUCAAGGAUUUGUUUCUGGUGAUAUAUCACACACUGAAUCAGAAGAGGUUUAUGAGACACUGGGAAGAUUAAGUAGAGCUAUUCAGGAGUUUGGGUGAGAUGUUUUUAAGCAGUUUAUGAAGGCAUUUAGGUUUUUAGCUAUACCUUUUGGCUUAUAACUAAAUUCAAACCAGUUCAUGUAACCCAUUGGUAACUUGCCUUUCAGGGACAUCCACAAUAAUUCAUUUUGAAGGGCACAUGAUAGGACAAAUAUUAGUAGAAAUUUUAGCUCGUGCCUCAUUGAAAAAGGUCCAUGACUCGCAAUUUUGAAUCU